AUGGCAAUAGAACGAGUAAAAAGUUGUCAAAUGCAGUUAAACACAGCUUGUGGAGAUCAAAUUAUAAAUGAAUGGGUUAAUGUAAAGAUCAAAAUCCAUAAUAUUAUAACAGAAAAAUCAUUUUUUAUAGUAAAGGGACUUUCACAUAAACUGAUUCUUGGUAAUGAUUUUAUGAUUAAACAUAAAGUAUCAAUUAAUAUAACAAAAAAGAUAGCUUCAAUAGAUGGCAAAAAGUGUGAACUAGCUUAUCCAGAUGAAUGUUUAAGGUCAAAUGGUAAUUAUAAAUUUGAAUCAAAUUCUGAGAAUUUUUGUCUUAUGAAAUCCAAAAUUGAGGGUAGAGUAAAAAAAGUUUUUGUAAAAAAUGUAGAGUUAAUGGAUCAACUUAUUUCAAUUGGAGAAAACAAUCUUUUUAUAAAAAAUUGUUCAAAUGUAGACUUAGAAUUGAGAAACUCAGAAGUAUUUGCCGUUAUUCAACCAUUGAAACUUCAUAUUGAAGUAAAUCUUGACCAAGAGAAUUCUAUUUAUGGUAAUGAGGAUAAACAAUCUGAUCUUAAAUUUCAAAACAUAAUGAAAGAAUAUAAUAUUAUAUUAAAAAAGAAUCUUAGUCAUAAAUACAAAUUAGCACACCGCAGAAUUGUACUUAAGGAUCCGAAUAUAGUUAUUAACAAGAGAAAAUAUACCCACUAA